UUUAAUUUCUCAAGAAUACUCAAUUGGAAGAAAAAAUUGUAAUAUUAUUAUUUUAGAUGAUGCAUCCAUCUCUCGAAAACACGCAAUAUUAUAUAUUAAAAAAGAUAUAACUGAUGGCUCUGCAAUAUUUACCUUGCAAGACUUUUCUAAAUAUGGGACAUUUAUAAAUGGAAAGCCUAUAAAUAAAAACAACAUAGAUGGAAAUCAAAUUAGGAUUUAUUUGGAGGAUAUCAUAACAUUUGGGAUUCAAAACUGCAAAUUUCAUUUUCAUUCUGAAAAUGAUUGUUUUACAACAUCACUGAUAAAUGAUGUCCAAGAAAAAUCAGAGAUUGUGGAUUUGGCUUCAAAACUAAAUUACAAUAUGUAUGAUAAUUGGUGGCAAUAUGAAAAAAAUCUGGAUCAUACUCACAUCCAAAAUUGUGAUUUUCUACUUAUGAACACUUUGAAUAUGACACCCAAAGUUCUGUCUGCCCUGAUGUGUGGCAAGCCUAUAGUAAACUCUAAUUAUUUGAAAAGGAUCCUGAAGAUAUGCCAAGAUUUUAUAUCGACCACAGACGAAAACGAAAAAUUCGAUUUCAAAAAACCGAACACUAAAGACUAUAUGCCGGAAAUAACGGAUUCCUCACUGCUAAAACCUGAAUAUAAUUUCGGUCCUGACCCAUCGAGAGUUAGCUUAUUCAGCAACAAGAUAUUCAUCUUUUGUGAUAAAUUACAAUUUUGCAAAUACGACCCGAUUAUACGAAGUGGCAGUGGUGAAUGUCAAUAUGUUGAUUCCUUAUCUCAAUAUCAACGGAAUAUCACAUUAAAGGCUACCCAUCAACAAUUAUUGCUCAUAAUGAUGACUUCAGAUAACAUUCAAGAAUGGGUCAACGAGAUUUACCAAGACUGGCAAAUUCAAGGCAAACGACUCAUUCCAGAAUCUGAAAUAUGUUGCGCUAUUCUAGAAAAUUCAUUAAUUAACUAUUGUAAUUCAGAUGCAAAUACGAAUGCCAACCUGACUGGAUACCCAAUUGAACCCUCGUUAGCUAGUAGUAUCAAAAAUAUUGAAAGUGACAACGAUAACAAUAGGAAUACGCGUGCAAGUGAAAAAACAAAAUUAGACCCUACUAUCAAGAGAAUAAGAAGUCAACUUACAUCAUCUACAAACGACUGUAACAAUGAAAAGCUUAAAACAAAUAUCCAAGCAGAUUCUGUAGAAAUGGAUGAGUUUGAUUGGUUCAACGUUCGAAAAAUGUCAUCCAAUAUUCAAAGCGCUAUUGGCGAUGAUGAUAAAGUCGCAGCACAAAUUUCUACAGGUCUAAUCACUAACGAAUCUUCGGAGGCUAACACCAUAACAAAUGAUGCCAAAAGAUUCGCAGUGGAUGAUGAUGGUUGGCUAUAUACCGACCCAUCUCUCAAAUCAAACAAAACAUUAAAUAUAGGAAGUAGCAAAAAUGUUGAAAUUGUCACUCGCAAAAAUGACAGGGACAAUCUCGAAGCGGAUACCCAUUUGAAAAAAGUUGUAGUGACAAGGUAUAAGAAAUCAUUCGAUCCCGAUCCCCUAUUUUGUAUUCUCGGGCGAGAGGUGAUCUGCGAUACAAAAGUUGUACAAACUCAUAGACAUGAUUAUAAUAAUAAGGAUAGUGGCAAUGAAAUUACUGGCGUGAUAAUUGAAAAAGAAUCUAAUGUUGCGUCGAAUUUAAAAGAUGUCACAAAAAAUAUUAAUGGUAAUGGUGUAUUAACUACUAAAAAAAGGCUUAAUGAUGUCGAAGACGAAGACAUAAAAGUAACGCGUAUUCAACAAAAAUCUCAAUCACACGUUAAAAUUCCGAAAAGGGAGGAUCCUAUGAAAUUUUUUGAUUUUUCUAUCAAACGUCGAAUCAAUCAAGACAGCAAAAAAUUAAAACCGUCAUAAAUUCUAUAUUUGCUUAACUUCGCAUAUCCCAUAUUUAUAAA